CUUCCCUACCAUAUGCAUGUACUCUCACAGAUACGAUCGUAGGCCCAGCGAAAUAUGGCCCGGCCACUUCAAUUACAUGGAGAAUUUCGACCUACCGCAUGAGAUUUUCGGCCCGAAAACAUAUCCAGGGGAAGACUCAAUCGCGGACGUAAUCUUUGUGCCUACGGAUGAAGAAAUCAGUAGUGGACGUCGGUGCAAGGUCUUUCCCGCAUACAUUCCUGGUGAGAUGACUGAAGGAAGCUCUGUGGUCAAAUGUAGAAUGUUUAAUGCAUCAAGAAAGUUGAUCGACAGCGUUGUGAGCGAGGUGCUAAGUUUAAAGAAGUGUUACAAUCCGCACAUCGUGAUGUUCUAUGGUGCUAUGCAGUACCCAGGUGGCGUGGCAAUGUUUAUGGAAAGUCUCGACGGCUGGACAUUGAGGGAAAUCCAAGAUGAUUCUGCGUAUGCCAGGGUUCCGGAAUACGUAAUGCGGCCCAUUACACACCAGAUACUCAAAGGAUUAAAGUUCCUGAACGAGGCCGACAUCUUACACAAUAACAUUUGCCGAGAUAAUAUAAUGGUAACAGAAUCUGGAGUUGUCAAGAUACUAGGAUUCUCAUCCUGCCAACAACUCCCACUCGACACUGACACAGGCGGCAAUGUCGAAGUAAAGGCAGCCAUUGAGUACCCCUGUCGAUAUUAUCCACCGGAGCGCCAGCCGCAGGUUUCCCAACUACCUAUAACCACUGCGAUUGACAUUUGGGGGCUGGGAGUAACAAUCUUCCAAAUGGUUACUGCAAGAUCACCAAACGUCUAUCCCGUCUGCUUUCCCAGAGGAAAGUACUUCGGCACUCAUCAACGAGUAGUGAUGAAUUUUAGCGCACUCCUUUGGGAUGAAGCGUACGAGUCUCUUUCUGACGACCUUAAGAGAUUAAUAUGUCAUUGCCUGAUAUAUAACCCGGAACGACGACCUGCUGCGAUGGACCUGCUUCAUGACUUUUGGUUCACUGACACGCCAGGCUACAAGCCCGGAUACAACACGGAGUACAUGGAAAGAUCUACUGUACUAUCUCCUGCAGCGCUGCAAAGAACGGGAGAUAUGCUGAAGAUCCCUCCCAGCAUGGUCAGGGAUAUCGUGAUGCAAGAACCGGGCUCCUUAGUCGAUUUAUUAUACAACGUCCAGGAAAGAGGAGAGUGGCUGCAAGUGUUCGAUGAGAAACGAAAAAGAGACAAGCUUUUACUGCAAGGAGUAUCGCAAGUGCUGGGCUCUGGUCCAAAACCAGUUUUACCACCUGGUCAGGCCCAACCUGUGGAGGAUUGGAAUGAUUUGAUCGUAGCUUACUGCGCAGGGAUUUUCGCUUGUAUAGAGGGUGCGGAAGGUGCAUUUGGCCAGGCUCAGGCAGCUGCUGCCGCAGCCGGAGUAUCAGUCGGUGGAGGCCAAAAUAUGGUAGUGGGCAAAACUGAGUUCUGGCGACCAACAUCAGCCACAACACCAAAUGAAGAAGAAAUACUGGAAAUGGAACGCGAGGCUGCAGAGGCCUUGAGAGCCGAAGAAGAGGCCCUGAGAGAGGAGGAAGAUUACAGUAAACGAAGAGCCAGUAGAAAACGAAGCUUGUUCCGUCGAGGAAUGAGUUUUUCUGGUUUAGGCAGCAGAAGCAUGAGCCUGAGGUCCAGAAAAGUAGCAUACGAAUCUCUUGACGAGAGCCCCGAAUGCAUUGAAAUGAAAGCGCUUGAUUCGCAGGGCAAGGGUGCGUGCGCCGAGCCACUGGAUGAGCUCCCCGAAUGCAUUGAAAUGAAAGAGCUUGAUUCGCAUUGCCAAGGUGCCUGCGCCGAUCCACUGAAAGAGGUCCUUGAAUGCAUUGAAGAGGAAGAAGAGGUCCUUGAAUGCAUUGAAGAGGAAGAAGAGCAUGAUCCGUUCCUGCAUGAUUGGGGCGAACCACCAGCCUGCACGUAUAUGUUUAUUGACGAGCGUCCGGCGCACAUGCAAGUUCCUGACCGCUUCGAUGCCAAAGGUCGAUUCAUAAACCAGGUUGAACGCCCACGUCAGAGGCCAGCGACACGGCCGCCUACGCCACCAGAUGUCCGCGAAACGCCGCAAUUUUGGGUUACACAGUCGACAGUGUCCGAGAAGUUCCGCUGGUGACAACUGCAAUUGUCAACGUCAAGAUUGAACAUUAAGUUGUUUCGCAGGAUUUCAAACAUAUCAGAUAUGAAAUUAUGCAUUCACAUUUUUGUCACACAUUCUGAUCAUUAAAAUAAUGCUUUCCGUC